AUGUCACGGCGGCAAGGCCCCACGGAUGAUGCGACCGUGCUCGCGGCACUUGGUCAUAAAGAGGAACUCCACCGACAGUUUACACCUUUUUCUAUGGCCGCUAAUGCAGUCAUUACUGCAUCUGCAUGGACCGCGAUUAUCGGAUCUAUCAUUACUUCAAUCUAUAAUGGUGGUGCUGCAGGUUUACUAUACGCAUGGAUCGUGGAUAAUUUCUUCUUCCUAUUCAUCGCGUUAUCCAUGGCUGAAUUAACCUCCGCCAUGCCUACUGCUGCUGGUGUAUAUCACUGGUCGGCUGCAUUAGCAGGACCCAAGUACUCGCGUCCUGUAGGGUUUCUAACAGGAUAUUUCAAUAUGCUCGGAUGGACGCUCGGUCUUGCUUCAUUAUAUUCUGUCGCCGGUCUCGAGGUGACGGGAUUAUAUCAGUUAUGGCAUCCGGAGUAUGUCAGUAAACCGUGGCAUGUGUUUGUUGUAUUCGUUGUGCUGAAUUGGUCCUUUGCGGCUUUUAUUCAAUUUGGGAAUAGGAUAUUACCCUAUUAUACCAGGGUCGGAUUAUUCGUGAACGUGGGCGCCUGGUUUACACUCAUUAUUUGUCUCGCUGUUCUUCCAAAAUCCCAUUCUACUAGUUCAUUUGUUUGGACAGAAUACACCAAUUCAACUGGCUGGCCAAAUGGUAUGAGUUUCAUUCUCGGUCUCGUUGCACCGGCAUUCUCUAUCGGCACAAUCGAUAGUUCAACACAUAUGGCCGAGGAGGUACCGAAUCCAUCGAAGAAUAUUCCUAAGACAAUUAUGAUUCAAUGGUUUGGGUCAUUCGCGCUCGGUUUCUGUUUCCUCAUCGCCCUGUUCUACGCAGCAGGUUCCCUAGAAACCAUUCUCACAGCAUCCGAAGCCAAUUUCCCAGUUUCAAGCAUCAUGCAAAUAGCAUUCCAAGAUACAAGAUCCGCAUUCGCCUGCGGUGUCGUGAUAUUCCUCGCCGCGAUUCCAGGAUGUAUCGGCGCACAAAUCGCCACCGUGCGAUGUGUUUGGGCAUUUGCGCGAGACGGCGCUCUUCCAUUUUCCGAUUUUUUCUCAAAAGUUGAUGAGUACAGUGUGAUGCCUGCAAGAGCCAAUAUUCUUAUCACGACGAUAAGUACCGCCCUAGGAGCUCUGUACGUGGCAUCCACCGUUGCUUUCAAUGCACUUGUUGCUUCCUACGCCGUUAUGUCGAGUACUUCAUAUGGUAUUGCUAUCGGUGUUCAUUUCUUCACUGGACGUAAACGAGCUACGCCGGGAUGGUUUUACCUUGGAGAUGGAUUUCUGGGAUAUGCAGUCAAUGCAAUUGCACUGAUCUACAUUUUCGUCUCGAAUGUGUUCUUUUGCUUACCGUAUGACCGGCCUCCUGUCACUGCUUCAACGAUGAAUUACACUUCAUUGGUAUCAUAUGGGAUGGCUAUUCUUGUGGUUGUAUGGUGGUUUAUCGGUGGGAGGAGAAUCUACAAAGGACCAAAACUAUCUUCUGAAACAUGCAAGGUACUUGAAAGGAUUGGAGAUUCAGGGAACGAGUCGGACUUUAUUAUUCAACAAAACGAGAGACAGGACGCAUAA